AUGGAGAGUCUCGCUUCCAGUCGGCGGGAUUCAAUCCUUGACGAUCUGGUCAUUGGGUCCUCUGCACGCAUCUUAAUGGAACCGGCCGAGGACGUUGAGGAAACCUCGGUUCUCACCCAAGUGAUCGACCAGGUUUUACUCGAUUUUCAGUCCCCGAGCCCGAGAAUGUAUGACCAACUGACCAAGUUCGGUUGA